AUGUAUGGAAGAAGACACUACACAUCAUCAGCGACUCCUUCAUAAGAAUGGAAACCGUCAGUAAAGAUUGUAGAACCAGUUAGCCAUGACAAUGAUAGAAUUAUCGGUGCAAAAAAGAUCAUCACUCAUUUCACCAUUGUAAAGCCUCGAGUUGAACGAGUUCAUUUCGUAGAAAAGUCAAGUUCUGGAAGUUUAGAAGAUCUACUUUCUGGUAAAAUGUUUUUACAAAAAAACAGAGGAGUUAAAGCUAAAAUGAUGGAGGACACAGUAAAGUAAAGGCGUGAGGAAGAUAGAAAGCGUAGAACUCUGCAAUAUCUCCAAACUUAACCUCAAAAUUAGCUGAACUUUUGA